UUUCACUUUGCCCUCUAAGUUAUUUGAAAGUUUGAACUAUUUUAGUAUGCUUUAGAUAAAACCUGAGAUAUAUACUAUUAAAGUAUGUAUGUUUGGGUUUUAUGCCUGCCGUGUCAUUUAUUUUAACUGGCAUGCUUACAUUUGAAAUGAAAGUAAAUAUAAAAAAGAAAGAAUGGGACAGAUAAAUGUUUAGUUAGCAGUUGAACAUAACACCUGCCUGUCCUGAGUUUCAGGUGGUUAUAAAUUUAAAAUUGGAUGUAAGACCCCUUUAUAAGUUUGACGAUAUAUCUGCUGACAAAUAAGAAAGCAGUGAAAGAAUGUCGUCUGCUGAUGACGCUGAUGACGAGCGUGAAAGUCCUGCACCAACCCCAAUAGAAGACUGGGUUGAUCCAAAAUGUGUCAAGUUCACGGUAUUUAUAGUAUUGCCAAAUGACGAGGUAUGCACGAUACGGGAUAUGCCAUCUGGAGCCAGCGUUGAUCAACUGAAGUCACGAAUUGAAUUGCAAGCUGGGGUCCCGUCUCAGAUGUACAGUCUUAUCUACCCAGACGGCGAAGAGCUUGCCGAGGAUCAAAGGCUUGUUGUCAGGGAAACCAUCCUUGAUGGAUACCUCCUGAAAAUGCGUCUGCAUGACAACUGGGAAGCAUUAUACAUAACUGUGACACGGAACUGUAUAGAACAAGUUUACCACAGUGGUGGGGUACAUCUGAAAGGAAAUAUCACAAUUAGCGUUACAGAAUCCGAGCGUUAUGAAAUCACUGUCAGAGAAAGAGGAGCGGUCGCUUUGUUUAUGGCAUCUUCACUUGGUCUUCAGAGAAUGGCAAACAUGCUUCUAUCUGUUGGUGUGAAUGUAAAUUCCACUACCUUCUUUGGACGAACUCCUCUACAUGCAGCAGUAGCAAAAGACCACGUGGUUAUGGUGGAUUUUCUACUUAACAAAGGGGCUUCACCACGGAAGUCCGACUGCUACGGGCUUAUUCCCCUUGAACUUGCAAAACAAAUGUCUUCCACUCUGUGCUUUCGAAAACUACGUUUAGUGCAACUUAACUUUCGCGGAAAUUCUAAUACCUCAGCAAAUAAAAAGUCAAAAAUUUGUAUAAAACUAGAUACAAAUACCGAUUCCAUUAGACAAGAUACAAGUCACCAAGAUGUAUCUCAGUCGAGAAUGUCACAGUACUCAGACAGGAGCUCACUUUCGAAUGGCCAAGAAACAACUCGACACAUAUCGAGGAAGCAUGUAUCAUCAAGCGCACCUGUCAGUGUCUUCAAUAGAAGGGAUUUACUUUCACGUGAGGGAACACAAUCUUCCCUUAGCAAUGCAACUACGGGUAAACUCAGACAAACUAAACAAAAUGUUAAAUGGAAAGAUACUCAGACAGAGUACACUUACUGGAAACAUUUAAACUUACAUCACAAAGGUCAUAACGCAAUGGAAGGAACAGUCAAAAUUAAACCAAUGACACUUGCUCAUCCCAAAACAAUAGUAAAAUAUUCUAAUAUAGCCCGUCAAGAGUCGUUAAAAGAAAAACAUUUGAGCGAUGCUGAAAAUACCACUGGGGAACACGAGUUAGCGCAACAGAGUGAAGAAAGCAAAGAUCUAUCUAACGUUAUGAAAUAUUCAAAAGAAAGACUGAACUAUUUCAAGAAACUAGCAACACCAAAGGAAGAGUAUGUGCCGAUGAAAGACCGCAAGAAACGCUCAACAAAUCAAACAAGCGAAGUAAGCGCAGCAUUUAAAAAUUGGCUGAAAAAGAAAACUGCUGAAAUAGAAGAAGCAGAAGACACGUCAACUUCUGUGGAGUACUUUAAUGAAAGCGAUUCAGAAGAAGACAAAUUGUAUGAGUUUAACAAACGGGUUAGGAAGAAAAACAGAGACGACGUGAUGUUUGCAAGAAGCAUCACUCCAGGGAAUAGACCUUUGACAGAUGUUAUGGAGUUCGGAAGUACGCAGUAUGGUGAUGGACAAAAUCCGCCUGCGGAUCUAAACAUUGAUGCAUAUAAGGAAUGGCGGAGAAAGAAAAGAGGAUACUUGAUAAAUAUGCCAAAAAUGAAGAAAGUGAAUGAUAUCUUACUUGAGAAGAGGAGAAUAGAAGAAAAGCGACAAAAGCUUUUGAUGACCGCAAUCUCAUAUGAUGAAUGGAUGGAUCAUACAGAAGAAAGGAAAAUGUUGAUUAAACGAAUACUGCAAGCCGAUCGUGAAGAAAUGAGAAAACUGGAAGAGGAUAAACUCAAAUAUAGACAGAGGAUGUUUUCUUAUGAUACAUGGAAAGAAAAGUUACAUAAAAGGGGAGAAGAAGACAAGAAACGAAAAGAGUUUCAAAAGAAAUAUGACGCAGAGAGAAUGAAAGAAAAACUACAGUUAGGAAAAAGUACUGCUGCAGUGCCAUUUGACGAGUGGUUGAAAAAGAAACGUUCAACAAUGUCGAAGGAACAGGAGGUAGAGAAAAGUACGAGAACAAACAGAAAUAAAAGUGCUAAUUGUGUUAGAUUUGAAGAACGUGUUGAACAGAGGGAAGAUGAAGCUGAGCUAGAGAUAGUUAACAGUAACUGGCAGGCAAAUAACGACUGAGCUUGGAGUAGCUUUCAAUGAAAGUGACAAACAGAAUAUAGAAUAACGUUACACAACUGACAAAGCUCCUUGAAACUUCCAAACUGCAUUAAUGGCAUAACUAAGGAGAACCUUUACCGAUGGUAUUUCUUGGAGAAAUGUGUAGCAGCUCUGCAUUUUUACAAAUUACUUGACAAAAGAUAUGAAAGGAUACAUUCUAGGGUUAAUCUUAACGAACAACUGUUAUAUAAAUAAAAUUCAAAUUAUUAUCUAAAUUCAAAGGCAAUAUAUAUUUUUUAUAAAUUGUCCUAACGAUAAUAAAACUGUAUGUAUAAAGUAGAUAAA